AUGCCCUAUGAAGCCCAGUAUCAAAAUUCAGAGGCAGUGCCGUCCGCUACCACUAUUCUCCAAGACAACGCAAACACUGCAAGAUAUAAAUGUGACAUAUUUUUCUUGGUAGAGAAGCUGCUGCACCAGGAACAGCAAUCCAAGUAUUACCAAGGGCGCUUAGAGUUCAGGAUUCACACCGACUCUGUGACAUAUCAAAAGCUACAUGCCUAUUGCAUGAUGUUGGAAAGAUCGGUUUCCGGGUCACAGCAUCAAAGAUCCCAACUCGAGGUUUCGUUACGUCAUGCAACCGAAACUUGCCAAGUCAUGUCUCAAAGCGUUCGGUUGGAAAUGGACAAAGUGCGGGAGCUUGAGUCUCGUCUUAAUGGGUUGUACCCAAGCGUUGAUUCAUGGCUAGAGCGAUUAGACAAAAGCAGGCAAAAGUCUGAAUCCGUCGAUGAUAGAGGAACACUAGAACAUCUUCUUUCAGAAAACCAACGCCAGCGCGAGUCGAUUGAUUGUCUUCAGUCUAUCCUACAUACGCGCGAGCAGACUGUGCAAGACCUUCAGGCUACUCUGGACCAGUUGACUCAGCAACUCCCCCAAGAAAACACAGGCGAAGACGGCGUAUUCGGUUCUCACGGGCCUGCCGUUCGUUCGUCGGAAGAAUCGAGUGCCGAAAUAAUCACGGAAACGCCUUUCACUUAG